UUUUAUAACACACCCGAGUUACUUGCAUCACGUUAUUUUCACAAGCUUUUUUUUGUUGUUGUUGUUUUUACGGAAAAUUUAUUUUACAAUGGACCGUGUUGUGUUGCUGCUUUGGGGUUUUGGUCCUGUGGUUUGGAGCUACAGUUCCGGUCAAGUGGCAGACAGCUGUGAGAACCUGCACCCCCACCACUCUGGACUUCACGGACAAGGUGGAAAAGCACCCUUUACGAUCAUUACAGAUCGUAGAAACUACAGUUUUAAAGAAGAGGUUGCAGUUCAACUUCGGGCCACAGGUUCCAAACCAUUCGUUGGCUUCCUGUUACAGGCGAGAGGAUCAGGGGAUUUGUCUCCUGUCGGUUCUUUCACUCUGAAAACAGGAGAUGCUCAGCUCCUGAACUGCAGCCAGAAAACUAAUUCAGCUGUUUCCCAUACAUCAGAAUCACUAAAGACCUCAGUUCAGGUGAUAUGGAGAUCAGAAGAUUCUGGAUUUGCAAAACCUAUUCAGUUCCACGCUUCCUUUGUGCAGAACUACAGGACAUUCUGGGUUAACAUUUUAAGCCCAAUGCUGAUCUUCAAAAAUGACUCUUUGGAUGUAUUACAUAUGGACUUUAGCAAGACAGCAGAACAACAAGCAGAAAUAGUACCAAACUCAACAAAGCAAUCCCUUUCAUCAUGGGAAAUUUCCAGUGAGGAUUGUGGUGUCACAAAAGUGUGUUUCAGGCACCCAUCAAAUUGUGCCCCUGAACUCACGACCAACUGUUACUUCAUGUCUGCCAUCAUGUUGUCAGCGAGUGACACGGUCAUCCAAUAUGAGAUGACAGGGACCUCUGAUGGAUACAUCUCAUUUGGAUUUUCAGAUGAUCAGACAAUGGGAAAUGAUGACAUCUAUGUGUGCAGCAAAACAAGUAACGACCUGGUGCAGUUGCAGCAUGCUUUUUCAGUAGGACGGGCAAUUCCACAAACUCUUCCUCUGGGAAAUAUUUCGGAUUUAAGGGUGUCCAUGCAAGACAGAGUGAUCAGCUGCUCCUUCACCUCGUUCAACCCGAUUUCAACUCGAAGGAGCACUGGCGUUACAGAUCCACACAGAUCCUAUUAUCUUAUGUUUGCUUACGGAUCCAGCAGCAGCAAUGGACAAAUCCAGGUCCAUACAAAUACAUUCCUAAGUGCAAACAAGGUCGAUAUUUCCAGGCCUCAACUUGUCAGAACAGCUGGAUGGCCUCACAUCAUCAAAGCGCAUGGCGCGAUGAUGCUGAUAGCCUGGAUGACCACAGGAUCCAUCGGGAUGAUGGUAGCCAGAUAUCUGAAAGGAGUGGCCAAGGGAAAUCAUUUAUUGGGCAAAGAUGUCUGGUUUCUGGUCCAUUUUUCAAUGAUGGGUGUCACAAUAGCAGCCACAGUGAUCGCCUUCCCUCUUUCCUUCAUAUACGUGAAGACCUGGUCUGAGGGGACACAUCCUGUCCUGGGAUGCCUGGUUAUGAUUUUGUGUGUACCCCAACUCACACUGGCUUUGCUGCGCUGCGGACCACAAAAUCCCCUGAGGUUUCUGUUCAACUGGUCUCAUGCUGUGAUCGCAGUGGUGUUAAAAAUUCUGGCGAUUGCAGCGAUAUUCACUGGCCUGAAGAUAAUGGACAACACUAUUGAUCAAUGGCUGAUGAAAGUGAUGGGUGGGUUGGUCACCUGGGAGGCUUUGUUCUGUAUCUUGUUGGAAAUCAACUUCAAGCGGAAGGUUGAUGCAUCAGAUACUACAAUGAUACAAGCUGGUGUCCUGCUGGUGGCCUUGUACAUCACUGGAAAUGUAGUCUUUUUGCUCGCCUUGUUGUUUGGAGUUGGGAUGUCAUAAUUUGAACGAAUACACAUAAAGAAAUUGUAAUUGGGGGUGUGUGUGUCAUGAUCAUGUUCUGUUAGUGUCCGGCAGGUGGCAGAGGCGUUCCCGGUUUUCCUGCUACUCACCUGUCUGGCAUCACAAUUAUUGGGACUUUUUUAAGGACCUCAUAGAACCAUGCCAAGCUGUCGGAUAAUUUCGCCUCGCUCAAGUCAUUGUUAAUAUGCAUUUUGUCGAGACGUUCUCUUGUUCCUCUUCUGAAUCUCGUGUGCCUUCUUCACCUACCAGGUCUCCUCCAUGAUUCGGAGGGCUUGCUGGGUUGCACCACAGUAUGUUUCAACUGUUGGGGAACUAUACCAGAGGACAGACUGCUGUUGAUAAUGGCCAAAACCUCCUGAAAGAAAUACGG